AUGACCACUCCAGAUGUCUUUCGAGAUGCGGAAUACAUCGCUGACGUGUCCGGCAUACCUUAUGGGAGCAUCGCCGACUCCGCAGAGCCGCAGGCGAGCUCUCCCGCACCUCAGGAUGGGCGCGUGAAGAAGAUCCAGUCGGCUGCAAAGGUUGCGUUCAUUGAUCGAUUACUCCGCGAUCUCGACAUCCUAAUAUACUGCGAGCUCUCCGCAUUGUACUAUAUGGACUGUUCAAUCAUAUUAUUUGCAAUCCGCGCCAUUGUGCAGUUGAUAUUCUUCACCCCCAAGGCCCCCCCGUUUGACCCCACACGAAACCAGCCUUUUGUCGGCGCCAUCUUCGCCAGUAAUCUCUUCUGUAUGCUCUACCAUAAUUUCUUCACCCAACCAGAAGCCACGGAAUCGACGCGAGGAUAUUUACAUGGGGGCCUUUUGAUCGACUUCAUCGGGCAGAAGGCCCCUGUACCGCUGGCUCGGUUGCUACUAUUGGAUGUGCUCGUGUUGGUCCUCGACUUGGUGAUGCUGGGGCUUGUUGUUGAACGGGUGAAGACGACAGAAUCCACCGCCACAACGUCUAAUACGUCCGACGCCAUUGAGACUAGUCCCACGCAGGACCAUGAUUUUGAAGAGCGUGGCGUGCUUCGAAGCACCCCCGGGUCGGGCUCAUCCCCAUCCCCCGAUGAAGGAAUUGAACUCGAUGAUUUAGCUUCUCGAAACGCAAGCGGACAGCCCAGUGCGGGCGAGGAAUCCGAACGAACAGAGCUCCUGGCGGACCCAUCGGAGAAUGGACUCGCAUCUGGCGCAAAGAACAGUCAUGCCCUGGACACUUUUACUUCUGGCGAGGCCGUCAUCAUGGAGUUAGGCUUCGUGGACGUCAUCCGAGAUCAGUGGCGCUAUAGCCCUGCUACGGCGAGGCGAUCGUCUCCAUAUGUGCCGUCUGACCAGACCGCGGCCUUUCUCCGGCAGCGGUUUGGUCUGCAAGUUAACGCCGAGGGCCGUGUGGAACGAAUACCCACCUGA